AUGGAAUCUAGUGCCACCGCCUGGGAAUUAGAUAGCGAUGAGAUCGCAUCUAUUGCCUCUGAAGACUUGCACGCCCACAGACCAAACCGCUGGACAGGACCCAAAUCCACCUGGCGCACUUUAACGGAAGAAGAUCGUCUGCUAUGGCAGUCAAUGAAACAAGUCCAAGAUCAGGAUCUUGCAGUGCAUCUAUAUGAUGCUUUUGCUCUUAAGCGCCAAGGUCAAAACGAGGCAACGGCCCAAAAUUUGGUCGUCAAGACAGAAUCUGGCCUAGAUGGUGUCUGGGCGCCGCCUAAGUUAUGGACUGCAUGGCCACUUAAACACAAAUAUGUGCAUACCCAGCGGCUGGUCGACGGACAGCAUGACGAAGAUGAUCGCUUCACCUUUCGCAGACAGGAAGAGAUAUUGCCAAGUACUGAGUUGGAAGAGGAAAUUUCGGCCACCAUACUGAGAACCGCCAAACGCCGCUUUCGUAGGAAGAAGAGUAAGAUGGCCAAGCCAUCUAUUGAAGACUCUUUACCGCAAUCUAUUGAGAGCGGUGGCAGCACGCCUAAUGUCUUAUCGCGAGAGUCAUCGGCCAAGCCAGAUACAGAAGAAGAGGACGAAAAUAUGGUACUUGACGAUGGAGAGGCUAAACCAACUCGCCAGCGGAAGAACCCCAAGACGUAUGAGCCGGUAGAAUCUACCAACGAUGAAGCAUCGUAUGCACUUUUGCGGCCAUCAACUCGACACAUCCUCUCAAAGCUCGAUAAUACACUGGUAAUUCUUCAAAAUUCACGAGAAGCGGGUAUGAAUUAUGUAUCCGACUCCUCAACCGAGGAAGAAUCAGACAAUCACAGUCAAAGUGGACAAAAGAAAUCUCGUGGCCGCCCCAGAAAGAUUACGCCCGAGAGAGCCUUAUCCGCAUCCAUCUCACCAGCUCGCGGUGGGAAAACCAGUAGACGUGGACGUCCCCGAAAAAUCCACGUUCCCCUCGAUGGAGAAACACAGGAGGAAAUGGCCCAGCGUAUCGCCCGCGAAUCUCACCGAAAGAUGCCUAUCACAACAGAAGACAGGGACGCGGCUUUUGAGGAAUGGGUCCGCAAGGGCGAUGAGAUUAUUGAGCGCGAACGAUCCUUAUCUAUCAAGCGCGCGAGGUCUCAAGGUACUGAGACAGGAGACGAGUCAGCAUCGAGAACCAACGUGGAGCGCAAGCGGGCUAGAUUGGGUCUUCGUGACUGGAGCGAUGUACUCGGUGCAGCCGCCUUAGCAGGGUUCUCAGGCGAUGUCAUCGCGAGGACGGCACGGAGAUGCGCCGAUUUGUUUGGAGAGGGCAUGGUAGUUCGGACAUUGAAUGAGAUUCCUGCUACAAAGGACAAGGGUACCACUUCUAUCGAAUACCGUCCGGAGCCUGUCCAGCCAUCCUAUUCAGAUUCUGAUGCCGAUGAUGAAAGCGACGAUGGUGCAGACCUUGUACAACGGCGUGUUGUAUCCCGUCAAGCCUCUCUUGCUUAUUCCAGCCGAAGCCCCGAUUCAAUCCACAGUGGUAGCCGUCGCUCAACACGGUCCCCAGGACCGCCAUCUGCCACUCGAUCCCGUUCUGGUUCCGCAGGAGGCCUGGUAUUCUGCCCAAUCCUUUCAUGUGAUCGCGCAGCGAACGGCUUCAAUCGCAAGCACAACUUGCGACGACACAUGGAGCUUGUGCACCAGGGACAAACAGAGGAGCAAGAUAGUGAUGAAGAGGUUGUGGGCGGCGUACAUGUUGAUGGCUUUCUAAAGCCUAUCAUACCGGGAAGGGGAUGGAGAGGUGAAGAUACUAUGAAGAGACAGAGGAAGAGGAAGGAGUUCUGGGGAGACAGAUCUGGAACGAGUCGGGAAGCGAGUUACGCGGAAGACGAUUUACUUUUUUAG